UUAGAGCGACUGAGUGUACUUUACGUUACCUCUCGAAAAAACAGUAAAUAUAAAUCGAUUCUGUACAGCUAAGGGGAAUAUAAACCCAAAAAUAUUAACAGCUGCGAGUAACGUAGUUCCACUGCCUGUUGAUGUCUGAUCAACAAGAAACUUUUUGAUUGAAUCUGCGUUCAAACUUGAUAAAGGCGGAUUCAGGUCGGUCCUGGAUGUCUAAACUACCAGGAAAUGCAGGUGCCUCGCUGCUCGGGGACAAGUCCUUGGACUUCUACCGGGACCCGGUGAUCUUUUGUCAGCAGCUGAUUGAAAAAUACCACAGCCGUGUGUUCCUCUGCCGCUUGCUGAACAGACCGACUGUGUUUAUCUGCUCUGUUGAGGGGAUGCGAGAGCUGCUCUGUGAGAAAUCCACCAUAUUUCUAAAGGACCCCACAGAUUUAAUGACAAACAUUUAUGGAGACACUGUGGUCACCACUAACGGUGAGGAGGCUUGCCUCCUCCGUCUGUCUCUCAACAGCCUGUUUUCAGGAACUAGUUUGAAAUCAUCAGCGGACUACAUCUCCAGUGUUUGUGAACGUUCCUUAAAGGACCUCUCCGUCAGUGGGCAGCCACAGUGUAUUUACUCUGUCUUUAAGCGACUGGGGACGGAGUUGGUGUUGGGUCUUUUCCUAAACGUACGAGUCGAGGAGCAGCCUGAAGUUUUCCAGGAAAUCAUGCAGCUCUGCACAGAACACUGGCAUGGUUUGAUCUCAGCCCCAGUAAAAGUGAAGGUUCCUCUGUGGACGUCUGGUUUUGCCAAGGCUCUGGAUGCCAGGAGCAAACUGAUGGAAAUCAUCAAAGACAAAUUAGAAAAUGAUAAGCAGGGGUUUGUCGGCUCCCUGGCUUCUUUACCGUUUCCCAAUUCUGGUUCCGCUGCCCAACAUCUCCUCCUGUUCAUCUCAGCACUAAUUCCCAAAGCUCUUGCAUCGCUGCUCACCUCCUUCACUCUGGCUCUUGGAGGACCUGAGCAGAGGGAUUCCCGACGAGAAGCCCUCCAUGACCCUGAUCACCUUCAAAGAAUCCUCCUGGAGGUGCAGAGGUUAUGGCCGCCCUUCAUUGGUGGACGGAGAAUAGCAGAAAAGGAUUCCACCCUUUCAGACUUCUGUGUUCCUAAAGAUUAUGGUGCAGUUUAUAUCAGCUACUUCAUUCACCGUGACCCAGAGGUUUUCCAGCAACCUGACAGCUUCCUGCCGGAAAGAUGGAGUGGAAGGAAUGCAGGCCAAGAGCAUUUGCUGUGUUCAUUUGGCAAUGGAACCAGAAGCUGCAUUGGUUCUAAUCUUACUGAUAUCUUCCUCAAGGAAGCUUGCAGAUACCUCUUAAAGAACUACGACUGGUAUUUGGACCCUACAUCACAGGAUCUUGAUUACAAAUGGCUGCCUGUGUCCCGUCCCACCAACCUGCCCAGCCUGUCCUUCACCCGCUUGGAUCAGACCAUAUCAGACUGAGAUGCCACCAGCCAGAU